AGGGAGCCGACAGUGACAUCAACUCUCCCGUAAGUGGUGAUCUGGUUUUCCUCUCGUCGCUCGUCUAAUUUUUCGCAAAAAUGACGAUCACGACCUUCAUUCGUCGUCGAGUGCUGUCGAAGUCGUCGGUUCUUCUCAAGCGAGUUGUGCUACCGGUCCUACUGGUGGUUUUCCUAAUGCAAGCUUUUACUGGCCGUCAACAAACCGAAGAUUCGGUACCAGUUCCUAACAUGAUACUUCCAGGGGAAGCCAUCGACCCCAUCAUACAGAAAACCAUCGGCCAGCCAAAGCACAGCGGACGUCUCAAGGAACCGGUGGUUCCUGUACCAUCUCCCGUCUUGCGGGAACAGGCCCAAGUCCACCAACCUCCCCCGCCCCCGGUGCCUUCGGUUGCCGCUGACAGAAGCGCGGACAAAGGCGAUAAGGGCGGCGGUAACAAGAAGAGAUCAGAGAAGAAGCACAAAUCAGAGAAGAAAAAUCCCCAUAUGAAAGAUGCUGAAGAUGUCAAAAUCCCUCCAUCACCUUGGUCCAUGGCGACUGCCAAUAUCACUGACAGCCAUAAGGUCAGGUACAAAGGUCACGCCAUCACCAACCAGACGGUGACCCUGACGCUCAUGUCGAGUGCGGAUAAGGUCUUCAUGUCUCUCAACAAGCGAGAGAUCUAUAGGAACUUACAAGACCGCGGGAUUCACCUUGUCGUCCUGAACCAGUACACGGGGAAGGUCAUGACCAAACGCGUUUUCGACACGUUCGCCGUUGGGACCGAGGAGGAGAUGACGGAGUUCAUCGACCAAAUUCAAGAUGGCCGGAUACUGGUCUUUGUCGUUCUGGACGAGUGCAGCUCAGGCCUCACCUGGCGAGGGAGGAACAAGCUGAGGGAACUCGGUUCUCGCUGGGCCGAGAAGAUCGCCUACAGGGACAUGUGGGCGCUGGUGACGCGGAAGGGCGGCCUCAAGUUGGCCGAGACUUACUCGAACGUCGCCACGGCAGACACCGGGUACGAAUGGGGAGGCCCCGUGUUCCUGCGGGCGGACUUCGAUCUGGAGGAAAAUCCAAAGGAAUGCGACUGGCCUUCCAACGAGCAAAACGACGCCCGCUCCGUAUUUUGUCGCAGUUACGAAGGUUACGGCGCCAUGUGCGACUGUGACGUCAGAGAGUGGGAUGACGUUUUCUUUCAGGCGGAUGACGAGUUGCAUCACCAGCUGGCUCAGAAACCGUUGUAUAAGGAGAUCGGAGUAGCUAUUUUAGCUACCAACAGGUCGCAUUAUCUUUACAAGACUCUGAAGUCGUUGUGGGAAGCUCCCGGCUUCAACAAGGAACGAGUGGUCAUCUAUGCUGACAAACCACACAGGGAGAUCAACAGCGUUGCCAAACUCUUCGGGGUUCCUCUGGUCAUUUCUCACACGUUCGGAAACACGACUAUAAAGAAUAUCAGGCACAAAAUUCAGCGCGUUUUCAGAGAUUUAGUUGGAGCUAAGUUUUCCCAGGAGACUGUACCCGCCGGAGGGUUACCUGAGGACACAAUGGCGCCCUUCAUGUGUGAUUACUUGUUGCUCUUAGAGGAUGACAUACAGGUGUCCAUCGAUUUGUUCAAGUACCUCCAUACCCUGGCGCCCGUCCUGGAAAGGGAUCCCUCCGUCCUGGCCAUCUCAGCCUUCAACUUCUUCGGCUACCGAGACGUGUCGAACUCCCUGACAGCCUUCUACCGAACAGCCGAAGUGAACAACCUGGUCCUGCUCUUACCCUCGAGAGCCAUCAACGAGCACAUCGCUCCUAAUUGGGUUGCUGCCGAUAGCAAACGUGACUGGUACAAGGCUAUGGCCCUCGCCUUGAAAAAGGUACCGAAUGGGGCGAUCAUAUACCCCGAGAUGCCCAGGGCGCGUCAUUUCGGUUACCGGGGGCAUGUCAUCAGCGGGGGCGUGCAGCACAACAUCUUCAAGGACCAUGUGUUGGCUCUCACGACCGACUAUGAAAUCUCUGCGAACGACGUUCUCAAACUCGAAGCUACGCAGUACGAGAUCAAUCUUCUGGAAACGCUCAAGAAAUCAGAACCGACUUCGUUCGACUUCUGCAAGCACGACCUUUUGUACGAUGAGAGCCCAAUCGUUAUGUUCGUGUCUUACGACGGGCCAAUGAAUGACACAUCGGCCUGGAGUCACGUGAUGAAGUGCCUUCGAGCGUGGGAGAUCUACCCAGAAGCUGGCUGGAAGGGAGUAUGGCAGUUCCAUUACCACGGGCAUCUACUGAGCAUUGUUGGGGUACCUUUCUCAUCAUACAGCCACCUCAAACCUGAAGGCUACAAGCCAGUGACUGCUCCACCUACAACCACCACCACCACUAGUAGUAGUACCACUACCACGUCACCCGGUCCUGCCUCCUCGUCUACCACUGCGUCAUCCCAGAAAGGAGAUAAAGAUAAAGCUGCUAUGUAAUUCUUAGAAGAUUUCAAAUUUCCAUAUGUAGGGUAAUAAUUUGAUUACUUGAAAAAUUGCAAAUUCUGGGUAAACCAGGAUGUCGAACACUAUCUUGUUUAUUUCGUACCUUGCAUUCUGGGUAAACAAGGAUGUCGAACCCUGUAGUAUUUUGUGUAUUUCUUGACUUGCAAUCAACAUUCGUGCAAGAUCGGGCUUGAUUUUGGGAGUCCAUAGCCUAUCCCUAAAAAAAUCCAACACCCCUUAUUUGUUCAGUGUGACAGUUAACUUUUUUGGAUCAAGAUUAUCAGAAAACAACAGUUAUAAAAAUUUCAGACAAACAGCACGUAACAGUAAAAUGGACGCAUCUGAAUCAGUUUACCUAUGAUUGCGAAAUCUCAGAAAACGUAGCCCAUCGAAAAUAUUUUAAACCACGUAAGGUCAGACACCAUUCGAUUUAGCUUGUCAUAGCUGUAACAGGUUUCAAAGACUAUUUUAAAACUCCAUAAACCAAAGCAACCCUGUUUACUCACGGUGCAGAGUGAAUGCAUUUUAGACACCAUAACUUUGACACUAACCAAGCCAAUUCAACCAGAAAGGUGCUGAUCCUUCCGACGGAGGUACUAGCAGGAAAACUGUGGGGUUGCAGAUUAAAAGUGUCAAUACA